AGAGUGCUGACAAAUAAUGGUGUAACGUACUUGAGUACAUGAAGGACCGAGAGUAAAAUUGUUCAAUUGUAAACGAUAAACAAAACAUGAGAAGCAUCGGAUAAAGAUUGAUUCAACAUGGUCGAUAUUUCGCUAUUGCACGUUAUUUGAAUGGACGUGUGUCCAACAGUAAGUCUUCCAAAACACUUUCCGGCUCGAAUCGAAUGUUUGUUCACGACAAUAAAAUCAUCAAGAAGAUCAAUUUGCUCCUUUACUAUCCUAAUUUCAAAUUAAAGCAAGGUGUCGGUAUCGUAUUUUUGUUAUUGUUAUGAUUCAUGUAACAGAUUAUUUGUUACAGUGGCAUAUAUUAUCGCAGAACUGGUUUGUUGUAUAAAUUGACAUUUCAGAUGCUAAAUGGGUCGUCGAAAUCGUGAAGAAGGGAGACAUCAAUAAGUUUGGAACUUUGGAAAACAAAUAUUCGACUCUACAGACUAUUUGUUCCUCGAGCAUACUUCAUAUCGUGGUUGUGUAUGGCUCAACAGAAAUGGUCGAAUGUAUGAAGAAAUGGCACGGAAUCGAAUGGGAUGAAGAAAGUGAAAUUUCCGAGUACAUAUUCGGGAAAAGCUUGGCGGAAUUAACAGUUACCAAAGUCACAGCCUUAUAUCUGGCGACUUUUAUAGAGAGAACAGAGAUGGUACGCUCGCUGAUCCAACACUCCGGAGAAGACAACAUCAGAUGCUGCUUUCGGAACUUACAUCUCACUGACGCAAUAGAAGAGGUACUCAUGAUGGAUGUAGCGAAAAAAUUAAGAUUGAAACAUUCGGACCUCGACCCUGCCGUUAUUCCAGGGCAUAAACGUGGCAAUGAUGACGUAGGCAGAGUUUUCAUUGUAUAUUCGAAACAUGUCUUCAGGUCUUCAAGUUAUAAACAUGACGGUAUUGAUGUGGUGAUGAUCCGAAACCCGUACUUGUAUACAAGAGAGUGCAACGCAGAUGCGCGUUUAAGAAUUUCGUGCGGCGAUGCAAAACGGGCUGAAAAGGCUCUAUCAAUCCACUGCGAGAAUCUUUGGAUAAACCAUAGCAACUUAAACAUUAUAUGUACUAGUCCUGUGAUUUACAGAGGAAAUGGAGAUGUCAUCGAAAAGCCAUGCAUCGCACUAUACUGUAGUACAAAGGGCGUAGUGCCACUCGGGGAACCAGAGUUCCCUAAACAGUUAGACAUAGGAGACGGUGAAUAUAUUGAUGUUGAUGUACACGAAGAGUACUUCAAACGAGGUGGAUACAACUCAAUGCCAAGUGAUCACUUUCAUUCAACUCUCAAAAUGGGUUGUGAUAUCGGAAGGUCAACUCCUGAAUAUGAUGCAUGUGGGAAUCGCCUGCCGUUAAUUGGAGGCACACACGGUCCGUUUGUGAAGUUUAAUAACAAGAUUGGAUUUCUUACUUGUGCACAUGUUUUAUUUGAUGUUCCACUGUCAACAAAAUGUGUUGAUUUCCUACAUGACGGUAGCAACACAGUUGAAGUUGCACAACCUUCAGUUGAUUCAACGGCUUUUGGAAGUUCUCCAUGUGGACAUGUACAUAGAGCUAUUUUCAAUCCGCAGCUGGAUCCAAGUAUUGAUGUCGCUGUUGUUGAGUUGACUGAUCCGAGUAGAUUAUCAACUGCUGGUCAAUUUGCCAAUGCGAAACACAGUAGCUACAAAAAUGCAGGGUUUGAAGAACUCCCGGAGUACAGCAGUGGAUCUAUUCUAGCAGACUUAAAACAUUUAGGUACAACACACAUUGUAUUUAAAUUUGGAAGCUCCAGUGACCUAACAAAAGGGACACUAGAUGUGUGUGGAACUCACGUAAGACCACUGUCCACGGCACUCGGCUUACCUAGAUGUACAGGGAAGGUCGAAAUGCAAAACCAGUAUCAAGUCAGUGGUGCCCAUCCGACAAUGACGUUCGUCACUGAGGGAGACUCUGGUUCACCGGUGUUUAUGAAAUCUGACACGGGUGAUUUGGUUCUAAUAGGAAUGGCUAUCGGACAUGCGUAUGUAGGUACCAACCCGUUUCCAUUAGCAGUUGUUACCCCUAUCGGUGCAAUAUUGAACGCUCUAGGUCCAAAGUACUCCAUAGCGUCGUUUCCAUAGGAAUAAAUAUAAACAGCCAUUAUCGCUGUAGACUAUAUACAAACUAGUUUUCUACGCUUUUGAGUCGCAGUCCAAUCGUUCAAUGAAAUGCAUUUAUGAUUCAGCACAAAACCACAUGUCUUGAGGGGGCUUUUUGGUGUUCUUGGUGUGAUUGAUUGCUGUGUACGUACACGUACCUUGAAACUACUGUAGGAAUGACCAAUAAAUCAAAUAUUUUUCCAUUUUAUUUUCCUUAAUAUUCGUGAUACCCGUAAAUACUUGAACUUUUGCAUAAACUUGUGAUGCAGGAAA